GUCAUACGAUCCUUUCAACGUGGAUCCAUAAAUGAAUGGUGGGCUCGACGGCCACACCAUGGCGCACAGAGCCCUGAUUGGCUCUCUCUGGCUAUAUAUAUUGUGGCAAGGUGUGACACUUCCAAGAAACGACAACCGCUAACACAACAAAGAACAUCACAAACCUAUCAACGAUGCGAGCGCAAAUACAGAAGGUUCCCCAGAUAGUGGAGCUGCUGAAAAAGAAGUCAGUGGGACUGCAGCAUUUUAAGCCCACGUCCUCAGUGUGUGUGCUGGAGGAGAAGGAUGCUGUGGAGACAGCGCCGCUCUGCCCUCAUGCAGCCUCCAGAGCGCAUGCUGCGCACAGCCUGGAUGCCAUUCCUGGUCCUACCAAUUGGCCCCUAGUUGGCAGUCUGGUAGAACUUCUGCGUAAAGGAGGGCUCACUAGGCAACACGAGGCUCUGGUUGAUUACCACAAGAAAUUUGGUAAGAUUUUCCGAUUGAAACUGGGCUCCUUUGAGUCAGUGCACAUUGGUGCGCCUUGUUUGCUGGAGGCGCUCUAUCGGAAGGAGGGCAAUUACCCUCAGAGACUGGAGAUCAAGCCGUGGAAAGCUUACAGAGACCUAAGAAACGAGGCAUACGGACUCCUCAUUCUAGAGGGGAAAGACUGGCAAAGAGUGAGGAGCGCGUUCCAGCACAAGCUCAUGAAGCCCACAGAGGUGGUGAAACUUGACAACAAAAUCAACCAGGUGUUGGUGGAUUUUGUUGGAAGAAUUAAAAAUAUUAACAAGAAUGGAAAAAUUGAGGAUUUGUACUUCGAGCUGAAUAAAUGGUCAUUUGAAACGAUUUGCCUGGUUCUGUAUGACAAGAGGUUUGGUCUUUUGCAAGAGAAAGUCAACGAGGAAGCUAUGAACUUCAUCACAGCAGUGAAGACAAUGAUGAGCACUUUUGGCAUGAUGAUGGUGACACCAGUGGAGCUUCACAGGAGUCUCAACACUAAAACAUGGCAGGAUCACACAGCAGCUUGGGACCGCAUUUUCAGCACCGCCAAAGUCUACAUCGACAAGAAAAUGAAGAGGAACACAAACCGAGCACCUGAUGACUUAAUUGGUGACAUCUUACAUCACAGCUGUCUUUCCAAAAAGGAGCUGUAUGCUGCCAUCACUGAGCUCCAGAUCGGAGGAGUAGAGACGACCGCCAACAGUAUGCUGUGGGCUAUUUUCAACCUGUCACGUAACCCUGGCGCCCAGAGAAAGCUGCUGGAGGAGAUCCGAGCUGUGGUGCCCCCAGACCAAGACCCAUGUGGAGAGCACAUCAAAAGCAUGCCCUACCUCAAGGCCUGUCUCAAGGAGUCCAUGAGGUUGUCGCCAUCAGUCCCAUUCACAAGCAGGACUCUGGACAAAGACACUGUGUUGGGAGAUUAUGCCAUUCCCAAAGGAACAGUUUUAAUGAUUAACAGUCAUGCACUGGGCUCCAAUGAAGCGUACUUUGAUGAUACCAAACAGUUCAAGCCUGAGCGAUGGCUGCGGGAGACUAGCACCAUCAACCCUUUUGCCUAUGUGCCCUUUGGCAUUGGAAAGAGGAUGUGUAUUGGACGAAGACUAGCCGAACUACAGCUGCAGCUAGCAAUGUGUUGGCUGGUACGAGACUUCGAGAUUGUGGCAACUGAUAAUGAGCCCCUGGAUGUGAUCCACUCUGGACUUUUAGUUCCCAACAGAGAGCUGCCUGUUGCCUUUAUCAGGAGAUGAGGCUGAAUCUUGCUGACAUGAAGACAACAUCACUGUUGCUGAUGGUCAUGUGACUCCUCACUUUGCUGCUCUGUAAAUAGAAAAAACAAAACAACAAAACAAACAAACAAACAAACAAAAAAAAAAAACACACACAAAUGAUUUUAGUUUUUACCACAGAUACCUCAGUCCUAUUUAAGACUACUUUGUAGACUACAUUCUAUGAUUUGUUAUGGCUGACCAAAAAGUGAAUGUUGCACCUAGGCAGCUUUCCCCAAAUCUUAUGUAAACACAUCACCUCACUAAUAUGUACAUAAAUAACCAUUGUUGAGUGUACUGUAUAUAUUGUAGUUUAUUUUUCACUGUGUGUAUAUACAUGGUACUCUGUAUUAUAGUACAUUGUUUUACAUAGAAGCUAUUUUAUUCAAAUGAUUUACAGCAUGAAUAAAUGUAUUAACUAUA